AUGGCGGCUAACCUGGUGAAUGAGCAUCCAAUUGAUGCAAGAAUCCAGAGUCAAGAAGAUCGGAUCCAGUACGUGACACCGAACCACCUCCUGCUUGGUCGGGCGUCUCAGGACGGAGACUUCAAGACCUUUGAUUUUGAAGGUUAUCCGUUCAAACGCCUUCAAGAGAUCCAAACCCAAGUCAAAAGCUUCUGGAGGUCCUGGUGUCAAUUGGCUGGUCCAAAUCUCUUUAUCAGAAGCAAGAGGAAUGUUGCUGUCGGGGAUGUCGUCUGGCUUUGCGACCAGAAUGCUCUGCGUGGUCAGUUUCGUCUGGGAAGGAUCGUUGCUGUCAACCCGGAUCGCAGAGGUGUCGUGAGAGAUGUGGACGUGCUCGUCGCUUCUGGCCAGUGUCCUCCCGCCUCACAACCCGGACAACCAGGGGAAGAUCUGAGGGCGAGGUGCAGUGGUGCCGUGCUUCACAGGGAUGAUGAAAAUGACAAUCCGCCCACGUUCAGCCAGCCGUCCUAUAUUGUUAAAAUUCUAGAGAACAUCAAUGCUGAUUUCUUUCUCGCCUCCACAGGGGCCACUGUGCUACUUGUGAAUGCUACUGAUUUGGACGCCUCACGGGAGUUUGGUCAGGCCUCACUCAUCUACUCCCUGGAGGGUUCCUCUCAGUUCCGUCUCAACUCACGCUCAGGUGAGAUCACAACUACGGCCUUACUGGACCGGGAGCUGAAGUCAGAGUACAUUCUUAUUGUCAGAGCUGUUGAUGGAGGAGUGGGUCCACAACAAAAGACCGGCAUUGCCACGGUGAAUCUCACUCUCCUGGAUAUCAAUGACAAUGCCCCCAUGUGGAGAGAUGAACCAUACCAUGCCAAUGUGGUGGAGAUGAGUCCCAUAAACACUGAUGUUAUCUCAGUGCUGGCAGUGGACCCUGACAGCGGCAACAACGGCACUGUGGUGUACAGCAUCAGUCCGGAGAACCCGUUCUACACCAUCAACAGCAGCACGGGGAAGAUCCGCACCAGCGGGGUCACCCUGGACAGGGAGAGCUCCAACUCUGCCGACACGCUUCUCAUGAGGACCAUUAUCAUCUCUGCUGUCGACCGUGGCACACCUCCACUGCAUGCAUCAGUGAGCACCACGGUCCACGUCAACCUGCUGGAUCUCAACGACAACGACCCCACGUUCCUGAACCUGCCCUUUGUGUCCGAAGUGCCAGAAGGUCUGCCUGUAGGACACUCGGUCUUUAAGGUCCAGGUGGAGGACCCAGACCAGGAUAAGAACGGUUUGAUUACGAUGGCCUUACAGAUGGGGAUGCCUCGUCUGGACUUCUACCUGAACACGUCCACGGGGGUUCUCACCUCCACCGCCGUCCUCGAUCGUGAACAGAUUGGACAGUACCAUCUGAGGAUUAUUGCGUACGAUGCAGGAAAGUUCCCUCGCACCUCCACUUCAACCCUGACUAUCACAGUUUUGGAUGUAAACGAUGAGACGCCCACCUUCAACCCCCGUGUGUACAAUGUUUCUCUGAAGGAGAGCGUCCCCAGAGACCACGUGGCGGUGCGCCUCCAGUGCUCAGACAACGAUGCGGGCCUCAACGCUGAGCUCAGCUACUUCAUCACAGGAGGUAAUCAAGACGGAAAAUUCAGCGUAGGAUUCCGAGAUGGAGUUGUUCGGACGGUGGUCAGCCUAGACAGAGAAAUCCAGGAGGCGUACACUCUGGUUAUAGAAGCAAUAGAUAACGGUCCAGCAGGGAGCCGGAGGACGGGCACAGCCACAGUGUUUGUGGAGGUGAAGGACGUUAAUGACAACAGACCCAUCUUUCUCCAAAACAGCUAUGAGACCAGUGUUCUUGAGAGCGUCCCCACAGGAACAAGCAUCCUCCAGGUGCAAGCAACGGAUGCGGACCAGGGCGAGAAUGGCAGAGUUCUCUACAGGAUCCUCACUGGGAACAGCAACAACCUGUUCAGCAUAGACAAGAACACGGGGCUGGUGACACGAGGCCUGCGGGCUCUGGACAGAGAAACCAGCAGCUCCCACAUGUUGGAAGUGGAAGCUUACAACAGUGAUGAGGGCAGCAUGAGGAGCUCCGUCCGGGUGAUCGUUUACGUGGACGAUGCCAAUGACAUGGCACCAGUGUUUACACAGCAGCAAUACAACCGACUGGGUCUGAGGGAGACUGCUGGCAUUGGCACAUCUGUGAUUGUCGUGCGUGCCACUGACCCUGACACUGGUGAUGGUGGGGCUGUAGCAUAUGCCCUUGUGUCUGGGUCAGACCGCAAAUUUGAAGUGGACGUUAGCACUGGCCUGGUAACCACAGUGGACUACUUAGACUAUGAGACCAAGACCUCCUACCUGAUGAACGUCUCAGCGACUGACCAGGCCCCACCCUUCCACCAAGGCUUCUGCACUGUCUACGUCACAUUACUGAAUGAGCUGGAUGAGGCGGUGGCCUUCUUCUCUGCUGGAUAUGAAGCUUCUCUGAGGGAGAACAUUGCAACAGGAACAGAGGUGGUGCAGGUCCAGGCCCGGUCCGCUGACAACUUGAACCAGCUGACUUAUCGCUUUGAUCCUGAUACAUCGCCUGCAGCUCUGUCACUCUUCAAGAUUGACAGCAUCACAGGCCGUAUCACAGUGACAGGUCUGCUGGACAGGGAGAAGGGAGAUAUGUACACUCUGACUGUUGUAGCUGAUGAUGGAGGACCCAAAAAGGACUCUACUGUGGUGUCAAUCUUGAUAUUGGAUGAGAAUGACAACAGCCCAGAGUUUGACAUCACGUCUGAUACUUCAGUGGACAUCCGAGAAAACACACCCAUGGGGACCAAAGUGGCAGUAGUGUUGGGAAGAGAUAGAGAUGCAGGAUUGAAUGGAUUGGUUAAUUUUACUCUGAUGGCGGGCAACAUGGAGGAUGUGUUUAAGAUCACAACUGUGAACCAUACUUAUGGGGACGUCUACGUCAAUGCGCCCCUGGACAGGGAGUCAGUCGAUCGCUACCUACUGAAGGUGCGUGCCACAGACAAUGGCUCACCUCCCAGAAACACAGUCCACUCCCUCACCAUCAAUAUUCUGGACGUCAACGACAACCCACCUGUGAUUGAGAACCAGAGGGGCUACAAUGUCAGCAUCAGCGAGGUGGGAGAGGAGCGUCGUCUGCUCGGGAAUUAUUAUCUUGGUGGAUAA